CCGACGUGCACCUCAUUGCCGUCCCCUCCAUCGCCGCUGCUAGACUCCUAGCCGCCGCCUCUCAACUAGUUUUCUGUUGGGUGGAUUUUCAAAAACCCCCAAUGCGCCAAACGCCAUAGCUCGCUCGAUAGUUGACAGAAUUGAGUGAUUCGACUUGCAAAAGAACGCUCUUGGUGUCAGCUACAACGUCGUAAAAUUUCGGACUGUUUCAUCGCUUGGAUUCCGCCGCGGGUCCACCCGCCGCCGCUCCCUCCCGGCCACCGCGGGUCCACCCGCCGUCGCCUUCCUCCCACUCCGUGUCACCAAUGUCAUCCUUCCCCCCUCCCGUCGACGUCUCGACCCUCGAUCAUCUCGUGCGCGCUGCCGACAACUCAGCAACCAACUGGUAUUCCUUCGUCGGCAGCCUCCACCGCGUCCUCGGCAGUGCUUAUGUCCUGCCGUUCCGCCUCCUGGACAUCAUGCUUGGUCUCCUAGAGGGUGACCUUGGGGACCCGCCGCCUCACCCUGGCGAUCCCCCCCCUCUCAUUCCCCAUCCCGGCGAGGAACCUUCGCCCCCCAUAGUACCCGUUGGCACCAGCACUCGCGCUGCCACCGCUGAAGUUGAGCAGCUCUUCCUUACUCAGCGUCGUGAGUUCCUCGUGCUCCAUACUGAUUACCUGAUCGCGUUGGAGGAACACGAGCGGUCGGCAACCCUCCGCACCCAGCAUGCCGCUACCGCCGCCGCUUAUGCCGCUGACUCUGCGCGAUUUGCUGAGCGUCGUCGCGCCUGGCUCGAGGCGGACAGCCGUGCUACUGGUGCCCUUCUCCUUGCCAUCCCGUCUGCGCUCAUGCGCAACUUCCAGGCCCGCCAGAUUUGGCUCGAGCUUGAGGCAAUGUUCGAACGCACCGACUUCGAUGCUGUCGGACCGCUCUUCAAGGAAUACUUCAGCAUCACGAUCGAACAUAGUGCUGGCGCUGUUGACUACACCAGCCGUCUCCUGGACCUUGCCUCCCGCCUUGAGGCUCGCCAGACUACUCUCCCCCCCAACCUUCAGAUCUACCGUCUCCUCGAAGGCCUCUCCCCUCAAUAUGAAGUGCGCGUCAUUGCCUUCACUGAGGCUCAGCCCCGCGCCUCCCUUGACACUGUGGUCCAAUGGAUCAUUGACGCUGAGGCCCGCCUUCUCUCAACCCCCCCCUCCGGCCUGAACUCCACCGCGUCCCAAAACCCCCAGCUUGCAGUCACACAGCCGCGUCGUGGCGGGCGCCCACGUGGCGGCCGCACCAACCCUCAGGGAGGUGGUGGAGGUGGCGGUUGUGGGGGCAGCGGAGCCGGCGGCGGUGGUGGCGGGGUCGAGGGUGGCAGCAGUGGUGGUGGUGGAGGCAGUGGUGGCUCAUCUGGUAGCCGUGGUGGCCGCCCUGGCACUCUUCCCCCAUGUUCCUAUCUUCGCCGUUUUGGUCCCAGGGCGGGUGAGCACUGCACCCAAACCAACCAUCCCCCCGCAACCUGCUUCAAGGCGUAUGAUGACGCCUGGUUCGAGCGCGGCAACACUGGCACCCCCCCACGCUGGUCUGCCAUGGAUCCCCGCCCCUCUCUCCAGGAUGUCAAAACUCUUCCGUCUUUCCUCCCCUCUCAUCUUCAGCUCUCCUCCUCCUCCUCCUCUGUCGCUGACCCCAUAACUCCCCAGGAGCUGCAGCAGUUUCGCCGCUUCCAGCAGCUGCAGCUGCUGCAGCAGCAGCAGCAGUGGGGCUCUGGUGGUCAGGCUGCAGCCGCAGCUGCAGGAGCCACAGCCGCAGCAUCUGCAUGGCAGCAGCAGCAGCUUGGCUUUGGCACCGCCGCCAUGGCUGCCACAGCCACACCAGCUCCCUCCUCACUCACGAUUGACUUUGUUCUCGAUAGUGGUGCCACUGAAACUGCCCUCAAAGAUGCCGGCACCCUCACCUCCCUCCCUUUCCCCACCAACGUUCAUGGCCAUCCAUGGGGUUGGCCAACACCACCCCUACCCUCCCUUCCCUUCAUUGAGGACUCCCAUGAGGAGCUCAUUGGCGUUCAGCAACAAACACCUUCCCUCACGCCUCUCUACCCGGGCUUCCUUGGCCUCCUCAUCCUUGGCAUCGCUACCGCUCCCACCAGAUUCACUCCGUCCAACUUCCUUGAGGCCAUCACCUGCCCCGAUGCUGCCAAGUGGAUCCAGGCUAUCUUUGCUGAAUGCGAGGCCUUCAUCCGCAAUGCCUCAUUCGUUAACAUUGUCCCCUCUCCUGAAGACGUCAUUGUUGAAGGCCUCUGGGUGUUCCGAGUGAAGCAGCUGCCGGGCUGAGCUCUAUGCUUGCACCAUGGCCGCUCAGGAGGCUCGCUGGCUCACCUUCCUCCUUGCUGAGAUCGGUGCUCCUCAGUGCUGUCCCACCCUCUGGUGCGACAACGCCAGCACCAUCCAUCUCACAAAGGACCCUGUCUUCCAUGGCCGCUCCAAGCACAUUGAACUCCGCUACUUCU